UAAAGCUGCACAAUUAGUCACUCUUCUUUACUUGUUCGCAGACCUCAACACAAAAUGUGCCGUUCAUUCUCAUUCUUCUCUCUUCCCCUGGUCAUUUCUUUUCUUUUAAUAAUCUCUUCUGUCUCAACAAAUCGAAAUGCAAGCGAAAACCAUCCCGACAAGAAUCUGUUUCCUAGUGACAUGAAUCCACUCGAACUAGAAACCUUGUUCAAGAUUAUGAAGUCUGUGUCAUCUGACAAAAACUGGAGAAGUUCACACCCAAACCCAUGUAAUCCAGGCUCUUCUUGGCUAGGAAUUGAGUGCAAAACAGGAAUUGAUAACCAUUUUCAUGUUACCAGGCUUGAUUUUGGAACCCCACCAAAUCCAACUUGCAAGAACACUGCCACAUUCCCUUCAGAAAUCUUUGAACUCCCAAAUCUUGAAUCAAUUUUCAUUUUCCAGUGUUUCGCUCAUACACAGACGGCAAUUUCUUUUCCGAAGAACAAGAUUUCUAUUUCUUCUUUACAGCAGCUUAGUUUGAGAGAAAAUUCGGCACUUAUUGGCUCAAUCCCUCCUCAAAUUUCUUCUCUUAAAUCUCUUCAAAUCCUCACAUUGUCACAAAACAUGCUAACUGGGCUAAUCCCGGUUGAACUUUUCAGUUUGAAUUCUCUUUUACAUCUUGAUUUGAGUUAUAACAGGCUCACAGGCACGAUCCCGGUCCAAAUUAGCAAUCUCAGGAGCCUUUUAGGCCUGGAUUUGAAGCUUUUGGUUCUUCAAAAGCUGGAUUUUAGCUCUAAUUCACUCACUGGAAGCAUUCCGGACAGCUUUCAGCUGCUGAAUUCCUUAAUUUUUUUGGCAUUAAGUAACAACAAAUUACACGGGAGGUUUCCUAGGGGCCUGACGGGGCUUCAAAAUCUGCAGUACUUCAUAAUGGAUGACAAUCCAAUGUUCAUACCAUUGCCCCUGGAAUUUGGUCAUCUCAGAAAAUUGCAAGAACUCAGGCUUGCUAAUUCGGGAUACUCUGGCACAAUCCCUCCAAUUUACUCACAGCUAACGAAUCUAAGUGCCCUUUCGUUGCAAAACAACCGAUUAACUGGAAAAAUUUCUACUGCGUUUGGCAAUCUGUCUCACAUAUAUCAUCUGAACUUGAGCAGAAACUUUCUGGGUGGUGUUGUUCCUUUCAAUUCAAGUUUCUUGAAAAGGCUUGGCAGAAAUUUAGAUCUUAGUAGCAAUCCAGGGCUCUGUUUGAGUCCAUCAGAAGCAUUUGGUGUCAAUGUUGGAAUUGAUGUUUGUGGAAGUAAUAAAACUGCAUCUUCUAUAAGGCCACUGAAGAAUUCUGAAUCUCCAUUUCAAUGCCCUAAACCAAUUAUUCUUACUUCUUUUUGGGUUUUUCUAGCAUUGCAUCACAUAUUGUUUUCUGUUUAGUGGAUUCCUUAUGCUUUCUUAUAAUUAGACUAAUGUUUAUAUUGUGAUUUUCUGUUGAUCAAAAUGUACUUAAAAGUGGCUUUAAGCUACUGAUAGAGCAAGUCCAGCAGUGCCAGAUGAAAGGAUUUCACUAUUCAGUUACAAAUAAUGCAGUCUCAAGUCAUCAAUGCAAUUGUACAAUUGAGCAUUCAUUUUUUUUCUCGACUCUUCUCUGAUCCCAAGUGGGGUUCAAGUUUUGGCAUUGUACUUUAUUGUAGGGACUAAUGUCUGCUGAAGUAACUUUUAGAGAAACUGAAUUAACCCGUGCACAGGUUUUGAACUUGGA